UUUGUAUCCACUACCAGUAGUAAUUAUUCGCCUUCGUAUCAUUACUCAUUAGGCAUCGCUAUCAAAUUAUGUAAACGCAUAACAUAAUUGCCAAUUUAUACGGGUCAGCUUUGACCGGUUUAGUAAAACCAUAUUAAUUACAGCUUGGUUAGUUCCGGUUUCGUCAAAAUCAAUUUUGUUUAUCGUCGUUCCCCCCAAUGCUGCUGCUUAUAUAAAGAAAGUCAGUCCCAUGCUCUCUCACUUUCUUUGCUUCUUGAGAAAUUUGUUAGCAAAGUGUUUCUUCUCCGAUUUGCAGUUUUCGAAUUCGAGCGAUUCAUCGUCGUGAACCUUCCUUCUUCAAUGGCCAUCGAUGAUUACUCUCGUCCUCCUCCGGACAAAAUCUUUUACAAGACGAAGAAGAUUAAGUAUCGUGGACAAACGAGGAAUAUCAUUCUCCAGGACGAUAAUGGACCAUGUCCUCUCAUCGCCAUUUGUAACGUUCUUAUCUUGAAACACGGAAUUGAUCUAGACACUCACAAUUCUCAAGUAUCUGAAGAGAAGUUGCUGAAUCUUGUUGGCGAGAUACUUUCUGAUGAAGACGAGUACAUUGAUGUUGAGCUCAUCGAACGCCUUGCAGAUGGAAUUAUCGUCGAUUUAAAAUUCGAGAGCAUUACAGAUUUUGAGUUAACACCUGAGCUAGCUAUAUUUGCUUCACUUAAGAUUCCUUUGUAUCAUGGAUGGCUAGUUGAUCCCCAGGAUUUGGAAACUGCUGCUGCAAUUGGAGGCAGAUCUCAUGAUGAUUUAAAGAUUGCGCUUACUGCUUUGGAGACACAGACUGUAAAGGCUCAAAAUGAUCAAAGUUCUGUUGAUUUUGCUGCGUCGAUUACUGCGUCUGCAGAGCAUCGUGGAUUGGGAAAGGGAGAUACUGAAGAAGAGGAACUGCUGCUAAAAGCCUUGACAUUAUCUGAAAUGGAAGCAUCGUUAAAGGGAAGUUUUGAUACUCACAGAGACUCAAAUGAAGGAGAGGUUGUGUCUGGAUCUGAGGAUGUAAAUCAAAUUUCUGAGGAUGACACAUUGGUAACUGCUGUGGACGCUGCAGCUGGUUGUACUAUCACCCUUGGCAGGAAUAUCUGUCAGCAGUCCAAGUUUGAUGGUCAGUUUUCUUCUACGGAAUCAGAAGAUAGGACAGAUUGUGAUCUUGGGAAUAAGACCAAUGUAAGUGAAGAGGUAUCUUCGACAACGUCAAUUACAAAGAGCAAUGUAGCGCAGGAACAUGAUCAGUUAUCUUCAAUGGAAUUGGAAGAUGAGAAGGUUGGUGAUAUUGAGACUGAGAAUAGCAGCAAAAUGACUGCAGUGCAUGCGACUUCUUCCGAAGCGCCCAUCUCUGUGGAGAAGACUAAACUGGAGUCAACCAAAAAUGACAUCAUUUCUGAGGUUCCACUAAAGUCUGAAGCUACAACUUUUGUUAAUGCAGAUCUUAGUGACAUAUCCCAGGAUGAUGAUGGCUCCCUGUCUGAAUCUGAGGGAUGUGUAAGCUUAGGUUCUUCAGUUUAUGAAGUCGAGUCACUUCUUGGACAAAGCUCUUCGGAAGGGAAGGAUAGAAAUGGGCUCACGCAAGAAGAGGGUAAAGUGAUCAAAGAAUUCUUGAAAGAUAGUGCCAGUCAAUUAACUUGGCAUGGGCUCUAUACCUUGGAAAAUGACCUUGAAGAAUGGGAACUUUGUGUCUUGUUCCGCAACAAUCACUUCUCUACCAUGCUGAAGCGUGACGAAAAACUCUAUACUUUGGUUACUGAUCAAGGCUAUCAGAGGGAGCAAGACUUGGUUUGGGAAAGAUUUGACCAGAUCAAUGGCGAUUCUGCCUUCUUUACUGGUAACUUCACGGAGUUCAAAUUCAAGAGUGACAAUGGUAAAAGCCGAAAAUGGGAUCAACAGCACGGAAUUAGUAACACUGAGAAUUUUUACUCCGGAAUCGAAAGUGAAGACAAGGAUAAUUUUGAUUUCUCUUAUCAAGUGGCACUGGAGUUGCAGGAAGAAUUCUGGGCUGGAGAAACUGGAUCAGAGGCACCAAUAAUAAGCUGCAAGCACAUAUCUUCUUCACUACGAGAACUGAAAGAAUUCCUAAAUUGGAAAAAUGAACAAUCAUUAUGUCAAUAACUCAUGAAAGCAUGUCCCUUACCACUUCUGUGUAUGUCUUUCUUCUUUCGUUUUCUUAUUAAAGUUAGUUUUUUUAUUGGCUUUACAAAAGUGUUUUAGAGUAACCAGCAAACAGAGCUUAUUGGCUUUUGCCAAAUUGUUUUGGUCAUAUGUUCCAGAUGUGAAUCAUUCAAUUGAAAUAGAAAACAUCAUCAUUGUAUGUA